AGGGCCAAAAGAAUGAGUAAUCAAAACUCCAUAUCAAUCAGCUCAAAGAGCAGAGUUGGUUGCAGUCAUUACAGUGUUACAAGAUUUUGACCAACCUAUCAAUAUUAUAUCAGAUUCUGCAUAUGUAGUACAGGCUACAAGGGAUGUUGAGACAGCUCUAAUUAAAUAUAGCAUGGAUGAGCAGUUAAACCAGCUAUUCAAUUUAUUACAACAAACUGUAAGAACAAGAAAUUUCCCAUUUUAUAUUACUCAUAUUUGAGCACACACUAAUUUACCAGGGCCUUUGACUAAAGCAAAUGAACAAGCUGACUUACUGGUAUCAUCUGCAUUCAUAAAAGCACGAGAACUUCAUGCUUUGACUCAUGUAAAUGCAGCAGGAUUAAAAAACAAAUUUGAUGUCACAUGGAAACAGGCAAAAGAUAUUGUACAACAAUGCACCCAGUGUCAAGUCUUACACCUGCCCACUCAAGAGGCAGGAGUUAAUCCCAGAGGUCUGUGUCCUAAUGCAUUAUGGCAAAUGGAUGUCACGCAUGUACCUUCAUUUGGAAGAUUGUCAUAUGUUCAUGUAACAGUUGAUACUUAUUCACAUUUCAUAUGGGCAACUUGCCAAACAGGAGAAAGUACUUCCCAUGUUAAAAAACAUUUAUUGUCUUGUUUUGCUGUAAUAGGAGUUCCAGAAAAAAUCAAAACUGACAAUGGACCAGGAUAUUGUAGUAAAGCUUUCCAAAAAUUCUUAAGUCAGUGGAAAAUUUCACAUACAACAGGAAUUCCUGAUAAUUCCCAAGGACAGGCCAUAGUUGAAAGAACUAAUAGAACACUCAAAACUCAAUUAGUUAAACAAAAAGAAGGGGGAGACAGUAAGGAGUGUACCACUCCUCAGAUGCAACCUAAUCUAGCACUCUAUACUUUAAAUUUUUUAAACAUUUAUAGAAAUCAGACUACUACUUCUGCAGAACAACAUCUUACUGGUAAAAAGAACAGCCCACAUGAAGGAAAACUAAUUUGGUGGAAAGAUAAUAAAAAUAAGACAUGGGAAAUAGGGAAAGUGAUAACAUGGGGGAGAGGUUUGCUUGUGUUUCACCAGGAGAAAAUCAGCUUCCUGUUUGGAUACCCACUAGACAUUUGAGGUUCUACAAUGAACCCAUCGGAGAUGCAAAGAAAAGGGCCUCCACAGAGAUGGUAACACCAGUCACAUGGAUGGAUAAUCCUAUAGAAGUAUAUGUUAAUGAUAGUGUAUGGGUACCUGGCCCCACAGAUGAUCGCUGCCCUGCCAAACCUGAGGAAGAAGGGAUGAUGAUAAAUAUUUCCAUUGGGUAUCAUUAUCCUAUUUGUCUAGGGAGAGCACCAGGAUGUUUAAUACCUGCAGUCCAAAAUUGGUUGGUAGAAGUACCUACUGUCAGUCCUAACAGUAGAUUCACUUAUCACAUGGUAAGCGAGAUGUCACUCAGGCCACGAGUAAAUUAUUUACAGGACUUUUCUUAUCAAAGAUCAUCAAAAUUUAGACCUAAAGGGAAACCUUGCCCCAAGGAAAUUCCCAAAGAAUCAAAAAAUACAGAAGUUUUAGUUUGGGAAGAAUGUGUGGCCAAUAGUGCGGUGAUAUUCGGAACUAUUAUAGAUUGGGCACCUCGAGGUCAAUUCUACCACAAUUGCUCAGGACAAACUCAGUUGUGUCCAAGUGCACAAGUGAGUCCAGCUGUUGAUAGCGACUUAACAGAAAGUCUAGACAAACAUAAGCAUAAAAAAUUACAGUCUUUCUACCCUUGGGAAUGGGGAGAAAAAGGAAUCUCUACCCCAAGACCAAAAAUAAUAAGUCCUGUUUCUGGUCCCGAACAUCCAGAAUUAUGGAGGCUUACUGUGGCCUCACACCACAUUAAAAUUUGGUCUGGAAAUCAAACUUUAGAAACAAGAGAUCGUAAGCCAUUUUAUACUAUCGACCUAAAUUCCAGUCUAACGGUUCCUUUACAAAGUUGCGUAAAGCCCCCUUAUAUGCUAGUUGUAGGAAAUAUAGUUAUUAAACCAGACUCCCAAACUAUAACCUGUGAAAAUUGUAGAUUGUUUACGUGCAUUGAUUACUUUAAUUGGCAGCACCGUAUUCUUCUGGUGAGAGCAAGAGAGGGCGUGUGGAUCCCUGUGUCCAUGGACCGACCGUGGGAGGCCUCGCCAUCCAUCCAUAUUUUGACUGAAGUAUUAAAAGGCAUUUUAAAUAGAUCCAAAAGAUUCAUUUUUACUUUAAUUGCAGUGAUUAUGGGAUUAAUUGCAGUCACAGCUAUGGCUGCUGUGGCAGGAGUUGCAUUGCACUCUUCUGUUCAGUCGGUAAACUUUGUUAAUGACUGGCAAAAGAAUUCUACAAGAUUGUGGAAUUCACAAUCUAGUAUUGAUCAAAAAUUGGCAAAUCAAAUUAAUGAUCUUAGACAAACUGUCAUUUGGAUGGGAGACAGGCUCAUGAGCUUAGAACGUCGUUUCCAGUUACAGUGUGACUGGAAUACGUCAGAUUUUCGUAUUACACCCCAAAUUUAUAAUGAGUCUGAGCAUCACUGGGACAUGGUUAGACACCAUCUACAGGGAAGAGAAGAUAAUCUCACUUUAGACAUUUCCAAAUUAAAAGAACAAAUUUUUGAAGCAUCAAAAGCCCAUUUAAAUUUGGUGCCAGGAACUGAGGCAAUUGCAGGAGUUGCUGAUGGCCUCGCAAAUCUUAACCCUGUCACUUGGGUUAAGACCAUCGGAAGUACUACGAUUAUAAAUCUCAUAUUAAUCCUUGUGUGCCUGUUUUGUCUGUUGUUAGUCUGCAGGUGUACCCAACAGCUCCAAAGAGACAGCGACCAUCGAGAACGGGCCAUGAUGAUGAUGGCGGUUUUGUCGAAAAGAAAAGGGGGAAAUGUGGGGAAAAGCAAGAGAGAUCAGAUUGUUACUGUGUCUGUAGAGAAAGAAGUAGACAUAGGAGACUCCAUUUUGUUCUGUACUAAGAAAAAUUCUUCUGCCUUGAGAUGCUGUUAAUCUAUAACCUUACCCCCAACCCCGUGCUCUCUGAAACAUGUGCUGUAUCAAACUCAGGGUUAAAUGGAUUAAGGGUUGUGCAAGAUGUGCUUUGUUAAACAAAUGCUUGAAGGCAGCGUGCUCUUUAAGAGUCAUCACCACUCCCUAAUCUCAAGUACCCAGGGACACAAACACUGCGGAAGGCCGCAGGGACCUCUGUCUAGGAAAGCCAGGUAUUGUCCAAGGUUUCUCCCCAUGUGAUAGUCUGAAAUAUGGCCUCAUGGGAAGGGAAAGACCUGACUCCCGUAAAGGACCUCACACCCGUAAAGGGUCUGUGCUGAGGAGGAUUAGUAUAAGAGGAAGGCAUGCCUCUUGCAGUUGAGACAAGAGGAAGGCAUCUGUCUCCUGCCCAUCCCUGGACAAUGGAAUGUCUCGGUAUAAAACCCGAUUGUAAGUUCCAUCUACUGAGAUAGGGAAAAACGCCUUAGGGCUGGAAGAGGGACAUGCGGGCAGCAAUACUGCUUUGUAAAGCAUUGAGAUGUUUAUGUGUAUGCAUAUCUAAAAGCACAGCACUUAAUCCUUUACCUUGUCUAUGAUGCAAAGACCUUUGUUCACGUGUUUGUCUGCUGACCCUCUCCCCACUAUUGUCUUGUGACCCUGACACAUCCCCCUCUCGGAGAAACACCCACGAAUGAUCAAUAAAUACUAAGAGAACUCAGAGGCUGGCGGGAUCCUCCAUAUGCUGAACGCUGGUUCCCCGGGUCCCCUUCUUUCUUUCUCUAUACUUUGUCUCUGUGUCUUUUUCUUUUCCAAGUCUCUUGUUCCACCUUACAAGAAACACCCACAGGUGUGGAGGGGCAACCCACCCCUUCAAGCCUCUGCUCCUCCACCCUAUAAUUCUUUUAUCACCUCCCCUCCUCACACCCGUCCGGCUUACAGUUUCAUUCCGUGACUAGCCCUCCCCCACCUGCCCAGCAAUUUACUCUUAAAAAGGUGGCUGGAGCUAAAGGCAUAGUCAAGGUUAAUGCUCCUUUUUCUUUAUCCCAAAUCAGAUAGCAUUUAGGCUCUUUUUCAUCAAAUAUAAAAAACCUAGUCCAGUUCAUGGCUCGUUCGGCAGCAACCCUGAGAUGCUUUACAGCCCUAGACCUAAAAGGUCAAAAGGCUGUAUUAUUCUCAAUAUACAUUUUAUUACCCAAUCUGCUCCCGACAUUAAAUAAAACUCCAAAAAUUAAAUUCCAGCCCUCAAACCCCACAACAGGAUUUAAUUAACCUCGCCUUCAAGGUGUACAGUAAUAGAAAAAAGUUGCAAUUCCUUGCCUCUACUGUGAGACAAACCCCAGCUACAUCUCCAGCACACAAGAACUUCCAAACGCCUAAACCGCAGCAGCCAGGCAUUCCUCCAGAACCUCCUCCCCCAGGAGCUUGCUACAAGUGCCAGAAAUCUGACCACCAGGCCAAGGAAUGCCUGCAGCCCAGGAUUCCUCCUAAGCCAUGUCCCAUCUGUGCGGGACCCCACUGAAAAUCGGACUGUUCAACUCACCUGGCAGCCACUCCCAGAGCCCCUGGAAUUCUGGCCCAAGGCUCUCUGACUGACUCCUUCUCGGCUUAGCUGCUGAAGACUGAUGCUGCCUGAUCACCUCGGAAGCCCCCUAGACCAUCACGGAUGCCGAGCUUUAGGUAACUCUCACAGUGGAGGGUAAGUCCGUCCCCUUCUUAGUCAAUACGGAGGCUACCCACUCCACAUUACCUUCUUUUCAAAGGCCUGUUUCCCUUGCCUCCAUAACUGCUGUGGGUAUUGACAGCCAGGCUUCUAAACCUCUUAAAACUCCCCAACCCUGCUGCCAACUUAGACAGUACUCUUUUGAGCACUCCUUUUAGUUAUCCCCACCUGCCCAGUUCCCUUAUUAGGCCGAGACACUUUAACUAAAUUAUCUGCUUCCCUUACUAUUCCUGGAUUACAGCUGCAUCUUAUUGCUGCCCUUCUUCCCAAUCCAAAGUCUCCUUUGUGUCCUCCUCUUGUAUUCCCCCCACCUUAACCCACAAGUAUAAGAUACCUCUACUCUCUCUUUGGUGACCAAUCAUGCACCCCUUACCAUCUCAUCAAAACCUAAUCACCCUCACACCGCUCAAUGCCAAUAUCCCAUCCCACAGCAUGCUUUGAAAGGAUUAAAGCCUGUUAUCACUCGCCUGCUACAGCAUGGCCUUUUAAAGCCUAUAAACUCUCCUUACAAUUCCCCCAUUUUACCUGUCCUAAAACCAGACAAGCCUUACAAGUUAGUUCAGGAUCUAUGCCUUAUCAACCAAAUUGUUUUGCCUAUCCACCCCAUGGUGCUGAACCCAUAUACUCUCCUAUCCUCAAUACCUCCCUCCACAAUCCAUUACUCUGUUCUGGCUCUCAAACGUGCUUUCUUUACUAUUCCUUUGCACCCGUCAUCCCAGCCUCUCUUCGCUUUCACUUGGACUGACCCUGACACCCAUCAGGGUCAGCAAAUUACCUGGGCUGUACUGCCGCAAGGCUUCAUAGACAGCCCCCAUUACUUCAGUCAAGCCCAAAUUUCAUCCUCAUCUGUUACCUAUCUCGGCAUAAUUCUCGUAAAAACACACAUGCUCUCCCUGCUAAUCGUGUCUGAUUAA